AUGAAGUUCACACUACCAAAAGACGCCUUUCCAUUCAUUACAUUGUCAGAAAAUCAACGCGCCGCUUUUAUCGAGGAAGCAGACACUGUUGUGAAAGAGAUUGUGGCAGCAAAUGAUCUUUACAUAGCCAAAGGGUCUAAGAUUGGGUACCCUGACUGGAAAUUCGUUCGAUCAAAAGAAGGAGUGCAAGUAUAUCGACAGCGGACGAAAGUGAUUAAGCAGCGUCCACCCACUUCGUCUUUACCACCAGUGCUUCAUCAUCUGUCACAACCACAAGAACACGAGUUCUGUAGAUUUGGCAGUGUCGAUAGCUACAGUAAUGUUGAAUUAGAAUCAGAAGGCCAAGCAUCCUCUUCGUCUUCGUCUGGAAUUGCUAGAAAUAGUAUCAUGGAUAAAAUGAGACCACACGGUGUAGCACUCAUGGCUUUGCAUGGUAAGAUGGAUGGCACUGUCGAUGACUGUUUGUUUGGAUGUACCGCGGCUACCGACGAGGCGUGGAUGUUGCGUAGCUCACACAUUAAUGACGGGCUCGAUGAUGCUCGCCUGAUUGAAGCAAUCAGACUGCCGAGUCGUACAGACCCUUAUCAAUUUCUUGGAGUCAAAUGGUUUGCAAAAGAGCAUCCAAUCGUUCUUACGGGGAUCGUCCAUCAACGCGAUUUUCUUAUUCUCGAAUCCACGGGCUUCACGCGUGACUCGAAAGGUGAAAGAGUUGGUUACAUGUUAAUGCACUCCAUAACGUUACGAGAUAUCCCAGAGCUCACGCAUUUAGGAAUCAUUCGUGGAAUUAUGAGUUUUUGCUUUAUUUUUCGUCAGGGAGGACCAGGUAAAGUCAACAUUUUCUGUCGUGGGUUCUUUGACUCUCGCGGUGAGAUGCCGAAUCGACUUUCUGUUGCAAUUGCAGCAGAAUCUGCGAUCUGCUGUACUGGUGUUGUCGAUUACGCGUACAUCAAGAAACUUCGAUGGCUUAUUAAACACGCGAACAAACCAGCUGAAAUCACGACAGAAACGUGCCCUCAAUGCCCUCAACGGUGUGAAGCUUGUGCUAAAAGUUUGGGCAAAUUUACAUUACCGUUUUCCGAAUCGAGUGUGGUGUGCCAAGUUUGUCGAAAAACGAUAUGUUUGCAAUGCAGCGUGAGCAAGAAGAUGACCGUGCAUGUGUCCAGCUCAGGAUCGAUCCAACAGUGCUCACUGAAGUUUUGUCUAUGCUGUAUAAAGAUAGCAAAAGAAAAAUCAAGCCUUGAAUUGGCCAUGAUUGCUCUCGAGACUUCGGCAUCACAUUCGGUGGGUAGUUUGAACGAGAAUGUGAUACAGUAG